AUGGACUCGGCAAGCGCCUCGAACCGUUCAGAAAACAAACCUCACGGUCGACGUCUCACUAAGAAUCCCCCAUCAACCAGGGCGCCGCAUUUUGUAUCACCAGGCCUUCCCUCCGCAAAAUCGUGGUCUUCCGGAUCGAUCCAGAGGGCCCCGUCGGCUCCUGUCCUCCCUAGAUCAGCACAUGGGAAGACGACUGGAGGACACCAGCGAACUCCCACAUCUCCCAAUCCGCUGGCCUUUUCAUCCUCCUCUUCCUCGUUGGAGCAAACAAACCCCUCACCACAGCUUAAACAAGACGGGUUCCGACAGCAGGGGCAAUCCGACCUACCAAUACACCACUUCAAUCAACUUGGGGUAAGCUCGCGACCCGUCUCAGGGAGGCUCUCUGAGGAAUCGACAUCUGGGGGUUCCGGGUUUGAAACCUCAUCCAGAAGGAACACACUACGACGACCACCUCCACCUCCACUUGCCCACACCAAUACCAGUGAAAUGACAACCGCACCCUCCAGGCCACAAUUACGACAAUCAAACAGCUUCACGAUGGGUGAACGUACUACUUCCCCACCCAACCCGCCAAAGUCCUACACCACAGGCUCCGGCGGCGCUUUGAGCCCCAAGCGCAAUUCGGAUGAAGUCAGAACACAGGCUCCGCCAAGUGCAAAGUCAAAGACCGGUUUCUCAAAAUUUAUGAAUAGUAUGUUGGGUUCGCCAAAGAGGGUCGAGAUAUCGAAUCCCUCCGAUCCAGUCCAUCUGACCCAUGUCGGCUUUAAUUUUGUCACUGGGGAGUUUACAGGACUACCGAAGGAAUGGCAGCGGGUGUUACAGGAGAGCGGCAUAACGAAGAAGGAGCAGGAACAGCAUCCUCAGGCUGUGAUGGACAUUGUGGCAUUUUACAGUGACGUCAGCGGUGGGAAGGCGGAUGAUGGUGUUUGGAAGAAGAUUCCCCAGCAGGAUUCGCAUGCACUUGGCCUGCCCGGGCAGACGACGCCCGGGCCAUCUCCUCUGGUCAGCCCUCCGUUAAUGAGUCCUCCUAUUAGUCCCCGAUUCCCACCAAACCAUGAGCACAGCUUUGAGAACCCCCGUGCCCCUCCUCCGAUUCCGGCAGGUCAGAAGUCCCGCACUGGUCCCCUUUCCCCAGGACUUCCCCGGGAUGGAACCGGUAAUACACUUGUCCCCACACGUCCGGCGCCGCGUCCCCCGGCUUCUCCACCUAGGGAACUGGGACAUAUCAACCCCUACUUUCCAAGGGCAGCCCAACCCGCCCCUCCGCCUCCCCAACCUUCGUAUCAAGUGUCUCCCAUCGAACAAUUACAGCAGGAUACUUAUCAGCCGCACGAGGAGACUCGGGUGGCACCCGCACCGGCCUCGGUCACUGUUCACCAGAGUCCAAGGAUACCUAGAGAGCCAUCGCCUCCGAGGUCAAAUGAUCCCUUCAGAAACGGGCCCUACGAACCCAACGGUUCUCACGCUACUUCUAAGGUGAAGCAUUCGCCCGCGCUACAACAAACUCACUUUCAGCAACCCGCGAUCCAGCAUCAGAAUGCUUCCCCAACCAUUCAACAGGGUCCUACUCGUGCUCCCACGGCUAACUCCGGUCAAGUUGUUCAAGCUCAAGCGCCCCCUAGUGGAAAUGUUGGACCUGUCCCUGUGCAGAGACGUCAACAACACAGGAAGCAGCCCAGCAAGGAUAUCGACAUUGUGACUCGUUUGAACGCCAUCUGUACCGGUGGUGACCCUACCAAACUCUACCGUAGCCUGAAUAAGAUUGGACAAGGAGCAUCUGGUGGCGUAUACACGGCCUAUCAAGUUGGUUCAAACCGGUCUGUUGCUAUCAAACAGAUGAAUCUUGAGCAGCAACCCAAAAAGGAUCUCAUUAUCAAUGAGAUUCUUGUCAUGAAGGACAGCAAACACAAGAACAUCGUUAAUUUCAUGGACAGUUUCUUGCAUAGAGGCGAUCUUUGGGUUGUGAUGGAGUACAUGGAAGGUGGAAGUUUGACCGAUGUGGUUACCUUCAAUAUCAUGACGGAAGGCCAGAUUGCUGCAGUUUGUCGUGAGACUUUGCAAGGGUUGCAGCAUCUUCACUCGAAAGGCGUAAUCCAUAGAGAUAUUAAGUCUGAUAACAUCCUCCUGUCACUUGAGGGCCACAUCAAAUUGACCGACUUUGGUUUUUGCGCACAGAUAAAUGAAGCCAUGAUGAAACGUACUACAAUGGUUGGCACACCGUACUGGAUGGCGCCUGAGGUUGUCACUAGGAAGGAGUAUGGACGUAAGGUUGACAUCUGGAGUUUGGGGAUUAUGGCGAUCGAGAUGAUCGAGGGUGAGCCACCAUACUUGACAGAAUCGCCUUUGCGUGCGUUGUACUUGAUCGCGACAAACGGUACUCCUAGGCUCAAGGAACCAGAUCAAUUGUCGGUGGAGCUCAAGGACUUUUUACAUUCUGCGUUGGAAGUCAGCCCAGAUCGUAGGGCUUCUGCUGGAGAACUCCUUCAGGCAUCAUUCGUUCCUUCAAACUGCGGAUCCGUUGUCCAGUUUAGCGCCUCUUGUUAAGGCUGCGCGUCAAGCUAGAGCGCAAGAACGACAGAGGGGCUGAACGAUGUACCGCGAUUUAUCCUAUGAGCUCAUUUUCGACGGCGUCAGGCGGAUUGUAUGCAGAAAAAAAUAAUCAAAAAAAAAAAAAAAAGUGUUAUUAGCGAAGGGAACUGUUUAGCUGGUUGGUUGGCUGGCCUGUUAUGGUUGGAUAUUUGGGUAUUUUUUUUUACAUAGAAGACGGGUGGAAUUAUUUGACGGGGGUGGUGGGUAAUUCGGUUUCAUCUUUUAUGAUAUUUGUACUCCGAGGCUUUUUUUUCCCCUCUCGUCCUCCAUUC